CCUGCCGGCCUUGGCCUUGACGAACUUAAUAUAACAUUUUCAUUUCAUUUAUUAAAUAAGUUUAUGUUGGUCAUUUUGGAAUCAUAGUAAUAACCGAUGUAAUUUUCGCUUAUGAUGACGAUUUCUUUUAUCUCACUAUGUUCAAAAAUUAUCAUUAUGAAUGACUCGAACACAAUUAAUAACGACACGUGACAUCAUAUGAAACGAGGUAAGUGGUGGACUUUAAAAUUUUACUCAGAACUCGAUUUUUACCCGAUAGUAUUUUUGAGGUUCGAUCGGUUAACCGAACCGAACCGGCAGCUUUAAGCAGGAUUUAAGGUUGAAUUAAAUGAAUUCCUUCGUAAUAACAUUUUUUGAAAGACAUUGUAUUUUACAUAUUCUUUAAAUGACAAACAAGAAAAAAAAAUAUAUGAAAAAGAAGGUCGCAGUCGCACCUAUAAAGCACUUCCAUUGGGAAAAUCGGAGGCAGGCCGACUCGAUAGUUUGAUACCAAAAAACAAGAAAAAUAAAAAAAAAAAAACAAUUUAUUCGUUUUCCUUUUUCGUAAUUAAAACGGAGAAAAAUGGGGAGGCGCUGUGGUUUGUGACCAUUCUUUAUUUAUUACCAAGUCCACAACCAACCAUAGGUUUCUUCCUCAGCUUCCUCCACUCCUAUAAAUCCAAUCCCUCCGCCGCGCCCUCUCCCCUCUUCUCUCUCCAACCUCCCUCCUCCUCUAAUCGUCGCGGAGGCGCCCUUUUUUCCCCGUUUAGGCCUUCCUUCUCUUCUCCCCGGAGGAUUCCAACAGGUAAUUCGCUCCUCCUGCGCUGUCGCGUAUCUUUUCCUGCUCUCUCAUCUUCCCUACGGCGGCUCAGAUCUGGAUUUACUUUCUGGUUCCUUUCGCCGGCGGCGCGUUGUUUCUCAAUUUUCUCAGUCAGAGCUUAGGGGUCGCCGGAGAUGGAAUCUCUAGGUUCUUAGUUUUAGAUCAGAUUUUUUCUCCUUCUAUUUGUUUGCUCGUACGUUUUUUUAUUCAAUUUGUUUUGCGCGUUGAAUUUAACUAGCUGUUUGAAUUCUUAUCGUUGCUGCAUAUCUGUGUCCAAUCCUCCGUUUCUACCUUAUUUAAUUUUCUGGAUCUAGGGUAAGAGUUUCAUUUCGCGGCUUUGUUGUUUGGUGAGCUGAUUUCUGAACUUUGGGAGAGGAUAUGUGGAUCUGAUUGAGAAGAGUUGCGUUCUUUCUCCCUUAGAUCCAACUUUUCUUUUGAGCUGGUGUGGAAAAUCAACGAUUUACUUGUUUUUUUAUUCUUUUUUUCGAGGUAUUUUGUCCUCUCUGGCAGGAGAGGCACCAUGAUGAUUGCUAACAACUGUUAGUUUUACGGGAUCUGGUGAAUCUCUUUGUUGAUAUGUCAUUCUGGGUUGCUUUUUUUUUCCUUUGAAUGAAUUGGGUUGAGCUUGUUUGAUCUACUGAGAACUUGUUGAUUUUCCCUGAUGGGGGAAGGAAUCCUUGUGGGGUUAUGGUCUCUGUGUUGUCAGAAUUGGUUUCAUAACUUUUCCUUGUGAAAACUCAACCCUGCGAUUAUGAACUAACGUUUUUCAUUUGGUGAUGAUUUGUUGAGCAGGCGUUCUACUGUUGAUUUAUUCAACGAAGAUCGAAGAUGAGUCAGUUUUAUCUUCAGCAGAACGUCGUUGCCUCUUCUGAUGAAGCAAGGGGCAUGGUAUCGAUGUCUGACCUCAGGGGUCCUGUUGUCUGCCCCAAGCCUCGCCGAGUUGGAAUCCUAGCGAACAACCCUGUCCGGCCUUUGCGGUGGCAAUUGAGUCAUCAGGCGGAUGGGGGCGACUUAAGUGCCGGGGCUGAGCUUUUGGACAUUAUUCUUAAGAAGGAAGAUCAUGGGGCUGAGAAAUCCGCCAGUCAGGUGGCUUCUUCACCUCCAUAUUUUUGCGGGUCUCCUCCGGUGAGGGCUGCGAAUCCUUUGAUUCGGGAUGCUCAAUUUAGGGACGAGAAGGUUUUCCAAAACCAGCCUUCUCCUUCAUCAAUGUUGUCUCCAUCGGCGGCAUCAGCACGCAAAGGAGGGGGUUGUGUGAGAAUGAACUUUGGUUUCAAGCCAGCUGCAGUUAGAGUAGAAGGAUUUGAUUGCCUCAACAGGGAUCGCCAGAAUUCCAGCAUCCCUGCUAUGGCCUAGAAGUCUACAUAAAAGAGAAGAAGAAGAAAAAAAUCGCCAAGUGUACAUAGUGAGAGCGAGAGGGAGCUACAAAAGAAAUGCGCCAUCAGAGUCUCGAAGUAAAUCAUAAGAAGACUUAUGAAUUAACAAGAGGGAGGAAGUUUGUACCUUUUUUGGGAGAAGGAAGAGUCCAAGUCGUGGAGAGGAGGGAGAUUAGUAAUGGUUUCCUUGUGUAUAUAUGAUAUUUGUGUUUUUGCUUUUUUCACCAGGUGAUCAUCUUUCAUCUUGGGCUGAUGAUAUAUUGUGUAAAGUAGGGAGAGUUGGAUUUUGAAGAUGAACAAGAAAGGGCAGGAAGGCCAUAGGAGAGGCCUUAGCUAGCUCUGUUGUAAUAUAUAAGAGAAGGAAGGAAAGGCAGAAAGGAAGAACACGCUUAGAUUCUUGGAGGGUGACUUUAUUAUUUAAGAGUAUCGUUUUUGGUGAUCACCAUUGGAGAUGUUAUUCUUAAUUCUGUAUAGGUGAAGAAAAGAUCCUUUGGUGCUGGUGAUUGAAUUUUGGUUCAGUGCAACUGCAACUGCAACCUCCCCUUGUAAAAAUGUAAUGUGGUCUUAUUUGUGAAUGAGGCUUGGUCGAAGUGUUAUCAUUUACUAUAUGUCUUAUUCUCAUUGCUUGGAUUUCGCUUCAAAUUCGUCGUGGUUUCGUAUUGGACAUGUAGCAAAAGAACAUGAACUGGUCAAGUGGAACACCGAUAGCCUCUGUCCGUAGUAGGGUAUUUUAUGUUGAAAUUGUGGUUUACUUGUGGUUUAAUCAUUUUAUAUUGCUGACAAUGAGCUAUUAGUUUAGUUGUUGAUCGUAAGUUUUUCAGAACGAACCACAGGUAUGAUACGAUUUUGCAAACACUUGAUGUUUACUGUUUAGCAUGACGGAUGGGGAUGUAUAUGUCGUAUGAUAUGUAGACCCAUCAAAAAAUUUGAUACGGUUUUGCCCACAAGUCUAGCGUUGUGGUGAGCGUUGGAGAAGAACAUCAAAUUCAUAGUUGGGUUUUCGUGCACGCCAUGUAGCUAGGAUUUUUUUGGGUCUUGUGGUUGCCAUUGGAAAUGGAAGUAUACUAAUACUACUCAGUAACAAGGGAUUCAUAUUACAUGCAAACAAAAAGUUCGGAGCUCUGAAGGGCACUGAACUAUUCACCUAAGUAGUAUUUGCUUACAAAAUUACAUUAGAUGACAUCUGGACUCAACCUGUUGGUUGGUUUUGAGCAAAGUUCAACAAGGUGCUGGGCAUAAAGCGGGCGUUGGAAGCUUGUUUAGUGUCUAAUUGGCUUACGCGUAACCUAAGCAAUCGUGUCUAGGUAGUGAAAACAAAAAAAUCAGUUAGUAAUAAAUGAUGAAUGAAAUAGUUGUUUUACAAUACUUUGACUUUAGUUCGGAUGAUUAAUAACUUACAUAAUACUUAAUAAUGCGAAAAAUAACUC